AUGAACGUGCCGUUCUCGUCGUCCGGCGCGAUGAGCCGGGCGCACUAUGCUCUCGUGCGCAAGAUUGAGUCCGCCAGCCCUCAUGCUGCCGACCAGAUCCUCCUCGCCGAAGUUCACUCAAUCCGCAACCAGCUAACACGUUCCACGCUCACUUUGAAACAAUGCAAAGAAUGCCUCAUUCUCCUGCUGUACUGCUCAAUGGCCAUCAAUCCUGGCGCAGAAGUUGACCUUGCCUUCGCGCUUCCUCACGCUCUCAAUCUCGCCGAAGCGGGGCAAACGACGCAGGACAAGCGAACAGGGUACUUGUUCUGCGCCGAGGUCAUGCCGCCGGAGCAUGAGCUGCAGCUCAUGCUCGUGAACUCCAUACGCAAGGACUUGGAAAGUGCAUCCAUCCCUCGGAUAUGUCUUGCACUUGACACCCUGAUCCAAUCGCCUUCACGGGAUGUCAUACCAGCAGUGCAGUCGCGUCUGCACGACCUGCUUUCCUACAAUUCGCUUUCUGAAGUAGAACCGGAGAUUCUCAGGGAAAUAGCGAGCAAAGCACGAAAGAGGUUGAACGACCCGGAUCCUUCCGUCGUCUGCGCCGCCCUUACGCUCGCGGAUACCCUUCUCAAAGCUACAUACCUCCCUCGAGACAAAUACCAUACAGUCGCCUUUGGACUUCUGAAGGCGGCAUGGUCCUUGCACCCGGAACCUACGGAAACAAGGCUUUGUGUCAGAAUUUUGCAGACAAUUACUGACCUCGGGUAUGCGUUCGCCCCGGCCCUCAAAGUGAAUACCCACGAAGCAGACCUCGCUAUAAUCAUGGAAAUUGUUCGGUGCUAUGUUCCUCCAGCGUCGACCGCGUACCCCAUCAUUCAUCAGUGUUUCCGUGCUGUCGCGGCUGCAUCCAAAGAGACGGUGGCUGCUGUUCAACAGACCACGGGGAAAUCAUUUGUGAAUGAGAUUCGAUCACUUCUGACGUCUCAGGAUCCAGAUGCUCAAUACCUUUUCGUGCACUGUCUUUCAUCGACCGACCCUCAGCUAUGGGCAGGCAUCACUCCUGAUGUCCCUGCUGUGUUAGAAGAGUGGGAGGUGGAGCGCGUCAUGAAGCUAUUAGAAUGCGCAGACCGAUUGAUCCGGAAACAGACAAUGGGCAUUUUACUCCGAAUCGACAGCAAUAUCGUGGAGUCAUAUUAUGUCAGAGCUCUCCAGGGCGACCUAUCUUCCGAUCCCAUGAUGGGCACAGAGCACACACUGCCUCGUCUCUUCGAGAUCUUAGAUGUUUUGUGCGCAGGAAACGGAGAAGCGUUUGCCGAACAGCUCAAAUACGUGCUCAAGGCUGCAGAAGGCGAUGUUCCGAUCAACAAACGGGUCGUAGUCCAGGAGGCUGUCGAAGAGAUGCUCAGUCGAGUGCAUGCAGCGAACGAUGAAUGGCGGAGUGGGUGUUUGGGUGUUCUAUUCACCGCAGUCGUCGACUCGGAGAGUGAAGUGGGACCAACCCUUAUGGUCAUUUUCACGGCGUUGCUCUGCGAGUACCUCGUGCUUGCUCCUAACUCACCCACCGAGCUGCUGAGUGACCUGGCCAAAAGACUGUCCUUAUACUCAGCUGCAUUGCAAGAUGUCUGUAUAGUGACCAUGCUUAGGAUAUCCGUCACAGUGGAUGUUAUUCCUACCGCGGUCGGUGAUGCUGUGAAAGAGCUUCAGAGCCGUAGUGGAAGACACCUGAGACGUCGAUGCGACCAAUUCUUGACGCUAACGCAGUCCAAGGAUGCGCUUCAACACAUUCUCGCCAACACUCGCUCGUCGUCGCUCCCCGACUUUGUGCAUGCGUUGGAGAAGCACGAAGCGGGCCAGGAACGUGCCGUGUCAACAUCUCCGUCUAUUCUUCCCAGCUCGCCCUCACUCAAACCGUACACACCAGAACCAUCCUCGUCUCGCGCCUCGCCUGUUCCAAACAAAUUGCGAUACGCUGCGUACGAUGCCCCAAGACCCACACCAAGGCUAAGGCGAGGCAGCAGUAGCAGCUCUCGGAACUCCGAGGAGGGGCGCAGGCCUUACCAAGACCCCAUUCGUCUUGACACCGAGGUGCAUCCACAGGGCUCGCCGCGCCAAACGAAGGCGAUCUCCCCGUUGCCGAUAGUCCAGAUACUGGACGAGGAGCCCAUUUUGGAGGGUGGCGCCGCGGACCUCAUUACGCUCGACUCCCCUUUCAUGUCGGAACCAGUCGCGCUGUCGAUUUCCAGCGCGAUGAGCAGCGUCAUCGAACAAGAUUUCGAAGCAACGUGGAACGCGCUGUCUGACAGUGUCAUGCGCGGAUGGUGCGAGUCAUCGAUGGAUACAAUGCUGCGAAGGUUACAGGGACUGGGGCAUACUCUUAGGGUUACUGAACGAGACAGGCCACCAUUCGAAGGUGACCUGAAGAUUGUUAUAUCUCCGAAGACGGGUGAUCUGGCUUCCAAGAUAGGACUUGCAGCCAUCCGCUUGAAGGAGAGCGACGAUGAUAGCUGUUUGUGGUGGGUUCGAUGCGAGGACGAGUCGCUCAGGAAUAUUGUUAAGACGACACUGAGAUGA